AUGGUAACUCCAAAAGAUAGGGUGGAACUCAAUGUUGGUGGCAGAAUCUUUGAAACUACGGCCGCAACCUUAGGAAUCGCUGGCGAAAAGUCAUUCUUCCGAGCCAUGUUUGAUGAGAAUUGGAACCUGCAUUCUGAUUCAGCGAUCACUGAACACUUCAUUGAUAGAGAUCCUGAUUAUUUCGCCGUCCUUCUUAGCCUACUCAGGACAGGAGAGCUUUACAUUCCUCCAAAGAUUGAUAAAAGGCUCCUAUACAGAGAGGCUGAAUAUUAUGGCAUUCUGGAUCAAGUCAGGUCAGCUAAAUGGGGUUCGUUUGAUGGAAAUAGGGUCCGAUUGGCAGAGUCCAUAUCAGACUGGUCAUCAGAGGCCAGGUCUGCUAAGAUUGUUCAAGCUAGUCCGAGUGGCGGGUGCUGUGUGGCUCACGGAGGUGUGGUUCGCGUGUACGAUUGGAUGCUAGAAGAACACCCUAUAAUACAUACUGAGCACCAUAACGUGAAUGAUGUUUGUUGGGUUGAUUCUGAAAGUAUUGUGGUUAGCUCUGAUGAAAAGAUAGCUAGUGGAGGCCUAGGGCUAUUCAAUGCAUCUACAGGAGAAUCGAAGUAUAAAUUCCAAGUUACAGAUGAAUUAAAAGGUUACAAAGCAGGUGCGCUCAGUGUUAGCUCGAAUGACAAGUUGUUCGCCAGUUGUACUGACAGCACUACCCGCAAGCAUGUGAUUGGUGUUUGGGACCAAGUCACAGGUACAUUGAUGAAUUUCUUCAGCUGUCCGCCUCAUCCACCUCAUAAUGCUGCCAGGCUGCAAUGGUUACAUGAUAUCAACUGUGUGAUGGUUGUUUCUUCCUCUCCGGGGGAUGAAAUCUGCUUGUUUGACUUAAGACAAAACGAUAUGGUUUGGUCAUGGGAUGUUAAGGCUGGGGAGAAGCAGUACUGUUGUGGGAUUAUAGAUGCAAUAGCGAUAGAGAAGAGUAGUUCGAUUUGUGUAUUAGCUGAACAGAAGGGUAUGGGAUUCGUGGAUUUGAGGAGAACUGAUGCGAGUUUAAAUUGGAGAAACGAUCUGAUGGGUACUGACUGGUCAUAUAGAGACGAUCUGGUGCAUAUUGACGAGUAUUUAUAUGUAAAAUUAGCAUUUCACGAGGGCCAACUGUUUUCAUCAUGGGGCAAUAGAAUUUUCGUGUAUGGUGGUUCUGAUUGGCUUCCAACAUCACAGUUUGAACGGAGUCGUGGUGGUCCAAUUCGCGAUUAUUCAAUUGAUGGUGACCGCCUUUUCGCUCUGCAGGAUAAUGAAAAUAUCGUUGAUGUAUGGGAGACCCCUCGUCCACCAAUUAUUUGA